AAAUAUUGUUAAGGCAAACAACAGGUAGAGGUUACGAAAAUUGUUCUGAUAGACAAAUUUGCAGAGCUUUACCAGGAUUCUAACCUCUGUGGAGUAUUUCAUAAAACCAAAAGAAACCCCCUUUUUUAGCAAAGUCAAAAACUAAGUGGACGUGGGAAAUUGAGAUCAAACCAGACCAAACAAAAUAUGUCUGAAUGCAUGCCAUUGCAUUGCAGGGCAUGCUCCAUGCAAUCCUCAAAAUGACUCUCCACCGUUGUUCAAAAAUGGGCAAACUUCUUUCGUCUCUCAAAAUGGGAAGUUAAAAAUUAAACAAGGAAAUCUCUAAAAUUCCCCAAAUAUCUCCAAAAAUCUAGCUAUCUCUAUCUUCUCUUGAUGUUCCCUUUUUGUUGUUUCUUGAGGACAGGCCGUCCGUUUUUCUCUUCCUUACAAUUUGGAGCCAAUUCUCUCAUUCAUCCUAAACCAUCAAACAAGUUUUCUACCAACCUCUCCUUUAAACCCUUUUUUGUUUUGGGGUGUCGUUAAUCAGUUUUUUUUUUCCCUACAUUUUUUUGUCUCAAUGGCUGCUCUAUCUUUCAUCCUCUAACCUUGAAGUCAACCCCCACAAGAACCCCUGAAGAAGGAACAGGAUGGCCUCGUGGAGAACCUCGACCUCUAUAGCCUCACUCCUUGGCCUCCUGUCCUUUCUCCUCCUCCACUGCAGCACCACCUCUACCGCCAUUCGUGUCAGCACCAUCAUCCACAACCCUUCCCCAAUGAAACUUCCCAUCUUCCGGGAAGCCCCGGCUUUCCGAAAUGGUGACUCGUGUGGAUCAGAGGAGGCUUACAGGAUACACAUUGCUAUGACCCUUGAUGCCAAUUACCUCCGUGGCACAAUGGCGGCGGUUCUAUCCAUGUUACAGCACUCAACUUGCCCAGAAAACUUGUCAUUCCAUUUCCUUUGCGCACAUUCCGAUAGUGAGCUCGUUUCAAGCAUAAAAUCAACCUUCCCUUUCCUGAAUUUCACAAUCUAUCGUUUCGACUCAAACCGAGUUCGUGGGAAGAUAUCCAAGUCAAUUCGACAGGCUUUGGACCAACCUUUGAACUACGCCAGGAUUUAUCUAGCUGAUAUACUACCAGCUGAUGUGAAAAGGGUGAUUUACUUGGACUCGGACCUCGUUGUUGUCGAUGAUGUAGGGAAGCUUUGGGGUGUUGAUAUGGAAGACAAUGUGCUAGCAGCACCCGAAUAUUGCCAUGCAAACUUUACUCUAUAUUUCAACGAUGCUUUCUGGUCUGACCCGGUGCUGUCAAAGACAUUCCAAGGAAGGAACCCAUGCUACUUCAACACGGGAGUAAUGGUGGUGGAUGUAGAGAAAUGGAGACGAGGAGGGUACACGAAGAAAGUUGAACAAUGGAUGGCGUUUCAGAAGCAGAAGAGGAUCUAUCACUUGGGUUCUCUGCCACCAUUUUUGCUUGUGUUGGCCGGGAACAUCAAGGCGGUGAACCAUAGGUGGAACCAGCACGGAUUGGGUGGAGACAACUUCGAAGGAAAAUGUAGGAACCUCCACCCUGGUCCGAUUAGCCUUCUCCAUUGGAGCGGGAAAGGCAAACCUUGGCUUAGGCUAGAUUCCAGGAAGCCAUGCGUGGUUGAUCACUUAUGGGCUCCGUACGAUCUUUACCGUUCAUCAAGGCAUUUUUUAGAAGACUGACAGAAAGGGAGAAAAAAAAAAUGUUAGAGACAUGGAGAACCAUAUACACACAUACAUAUAUAAUUUGAGAGACGGGAAAGGCAUAGGAGAGGAGAACCAAAGCAGGUUUUAACACAAAUUUAGAUUUUGUAAAGAAGCAAUGAAAAGUUUUACGUGAUAGUAGCAGCAGUUAUUAACUUGUAA